CUUUUUUUGCAGAAAUGUGUAUAAAAGGAAUGGACCAGGGCCUACUUGCUCAUAGAGAAUCUCUGCAAGAAAGUCUUCUUUGCUGUUGUAUAAAAGUCAUGGCCGCGAUGCUACUUUCGCCAUAUUUCCGUCCGUCACCUAGCUCCACAGCCUCUUUGCUUGCGAGCUAUCUUGACAUGGAUAACUUGGAUCCCGAUGGUUCUUCCAGCGGUUCCCAGCCCCCAACCCCAGCCAAUUCUCAAGACAACUCUCCGGAGGUGUCUCCCAUGCCUUCUCCAUAUGUCUCUCCUGUUAGCUCGCUUCCAGAGCUCCCCCAUCUACCUGUUGACAGAUGCCUCUCUCCCGUUGUUCUGAGGAGACGGCUCGCCAUCAGCAGCGGGGAGAAUGGCCAGACAGAGGACGAAGCUGUUCCUCCAUAUCACUCUCGUCCAAGGAUGAGGAGACGAGGUGCAAUCAGCUACGGCCCGAAUGAUGCUUCAGCCAUGUACAUAAGGUAUCUUGUUGAAGCUAUUGCAACUCGUAACGUGAGGUACCCGUCUAUCGUUCAUGGAAGGCUCCCAUCCCUUCCCAACGACACUCUUGAUUUAUCCUUGAGCCCAAAGUCCCGUGCUCAUUACCGCCGAGGCUCGCUCCUUCACACUACAGCCUCUUCCGUCUACAAGGACAAGAUACGUGGAUCUGUCAUUGACUCCGUUGGUAUUACUAACUGUUCUUUCCAUCUCAGCCCUACUGCCAAUAAUAUUCUAAGGAACAUAGACUCUUGGGACUUUGAUGUUUUUGCUUUUGGCCGUCUUGCUGAAGGACGCCCAUUGUUUCACGUUGGCAUGAACAUUUUCCAAAGGCACAACUUGCCGGAAAUAUUCAAUUUGGAUUCGCUUAAAUUGUACAAGUUCUUGACUCAAGUUGAAGGAUUCUACCAUCCCGAGAAUUCCUACCACAACUCUUAUCAUGCUGCUGACGUGACCCAGGCUCUUCAUUGCAUCGUCCUAGACCCUGUGAUGUAUAGCAAAAUGACUUCUGUUGAGAUAUUGGCCACAUUUCUUGCUUCUCUUUGUCAUGAUCUUGAUCAUCCCGGCGUCAAUCAUAACUAUCUUGUCAACUCUGGAAGCUACCUCACAGCUAUACACGGGACAACCAGUCUCCUUGAGAGGCACCAUUGCCACUCUACCAGGGCCCUUCUGUAUGAAACAGGACUCCUGGAUCACCUCCCAGAGAAAGACACCAUCAUGAGUCUUAUGGAGGACCUCAUCCUUGCUACUGAUGUCAACAAGCAUAAGGACUUCUUGGCUAAAUUUGAGACUAUGCUGUCCACUGAAAAAGGCAUUGACCUUAGCGAUACUUAUGACAGGCAGUUUGCACUGAUGAUUGCCAUCAAAGCUGCUGACAUCAGCAACCCUGCCCGCAUGCUCAGACUCUCCCGCCAAUGGAGCUUCAAGAUAAUGGAAGAGUUUUUCCAGCAGGGCGACCUCGAGAAGUCCUCGGACCUCCCAAUCUCUUACCUCUGCGACCGUAAGACCACCAAAAUACCCAACGCUCAGUCCGGGUUCUUUCAAUUCUGCGCCCUGCCCCUGUACAAUGCUUGGGGCAAGCUCGUCCAGUCCGACCUGUCUAGGCUGAUGAUAAAUAACAUCAAUUCUAAUAAAGAUUUCUGGGACAAGAAGAUCAAGAAGGCCGAGGAGAAGGAAAAGGAAAGGAAGAGGAGGGAGGAGCUCGGUGAGAGCGUUGAUGAUAUUGAGGAUGACGAUGAUGAUGAUUUUAUGGAUUUCCUUGAGGAGGAGGCCGGAGAAACCAUCCUUCCUUCCAUCACUAUUUACACUCGUAUUCCCAAACUGACCAUAACCACAGAGGACGAGAUAACUGGCGAGUUGAUCACAUGCGACCUCAUUCUUGAUGAUGAUGAGAGCGAUGAUGAUGAAGGGGCUAUUAUAAUCCCUCCUCCAAGCCCUAAGAAAAGCAAACCCCAUGCCGCUACAAAGAGGAGGGGCUCGGCUGAGAAGGAGGACGAGGAAAAACUCAUCACCGUUGAUUUUACCAAGAAAAUAUUGUCCGAGACAAUUGUUAAACCAGAUGCGGUCAAGAAAGGAGGCACGUCUUCUUUCGGAAGCGAGGAGAGCCGACGCGGCAAGACCAUUCAUUUUAAAAUUGACGACAAAAAGGCCAAUGUCAAAGACGAUGGGCCCCAUCUUCCAUUGAUCAUUGAGAAGAAGAAGAUUGAGGGAGAAGACGCCGUCCCGUCUUCAGCAAUGAAAAAGAAACCAGCUACCAUUGACAAGAAAGAAAAAGAAUCCGCACUCUCCAAUAUCUACCUUCCUGAAAUACCUUCUGCUACUCCUAGUGCUAGUGACGGGCGUUUCAUUCCAUCUCAAGUUCGUCGCAUGAAACGACUCACUAGGCGUGGUUCCGGAUCUCGCCGUGGUUCUUUGUCAGUCGAAGGCGAGAGAAUGACACUUCUCCCUCGACCAAGUUCCCCCCGCAGGAAAGAAAGCACAUUACGCCGCCCUAGCAAACCAGCCCAGAAGGACUCGUCUCCAUCGGGCGAAGGAGCAGCGAGCGCCGGAGCCAAGCCUCGUAAGAAAGAAAUCAAGAUACGUCGUCCUGGCCAACCAGCUCAAAGGGACUCGUCUCCAUCGGGCGAAGGAGCGAUGAGCGUUGGAGCCGAGCCGCCUCAACUUGAACAAAGACCCAGGCCAAUUGUUCCCACGAUCCCUGAUCUGCGUGAUCCUCCUGGCUAUGGUAUCAGAGCUGAACCUCUUCGACUUGAAGAAAGACCCAGGCCAAUUGUUACCAUAAUCCCUGGUGUACCUGUUCCUCAUAAUCGUGACAAUGUUGUCAGGGCUGAACCUUCCCGUCUUGAAGACAGGCCCAGGCCAAUUGUUCCCACAAUCCCUGGUGUACGUGAUCCUCCUAAUCGUGACUAUGGUAUCAGAGCUGAACCUUCCCGUCUUGAAGACAGGCCCAGGCGCUUUGCCCCUCCUAACCGUGACUUUGACGAUGAUGAAGUUAGCUCCUUGUUCUUUGCCCCAGCUACUGCCGAAAGGGUUGAGAGGUUUCGUCAGAGGAUGGAGAGUAGGAGGCGUGCCCAGAUCAGGAUUUUGAGGAGGCUGGAGGAAACCAGCCGAGCCAGUGACCCUAAAAGGAAGUGACUUUAUGUGUAUGGAACAUACACUGCACACAAACACACACGCACUUGUGGAGUUAGGAAAAAAAUAGCUAAAAAACAAAAAAAUUAUAAAAAUAGAAAAAAGCAAAAAAAGUUUAAAAAUUAAAAAAUAACUAGAAUGCAAUAAAAAUUAUAAAAAUUAAAAAAGAAAAAAAAAGUUUUAAAAUGUGGGAAAAACAAAUAAAAAAGAAGUCUCAGGUGUGAUGCAUGUAUUAGCUAGGUUAUUAUUAAUUGUUUUAUGUAUUAUUUUGUUGUUUACUUAUUAUUUGUUUAUUAUUUUAUGUAUUAUUUAUUUGUUUGCUUGUUAUUUAUUUAUUAUUUCAUGCACCCAAUGAUUGCUUGGCAUCAUUAAUAUUCACUUGCUUUGUUGGCAUAUUAUUCACAACUUCAGUUAUUUGUUGUUAUAUUUUUUUGUGCUGUUAUCCCUUAAAAUUUAUUUAUUUUUUGUGUCCUUAAAUAUCAUCAAAUCAAA